AACUGCGAUAAACCGGCCAACCCCAACAUGGCUAAUCAACAACGCGGCAACAGCGCCUACGGGCUGGACAAACAGUUGGCAGACAAGGCACUGGCCAAGUACGACAAGCAGUCGGAAGUGGAGGCCAAGGACUGGAUCGAAGCGCUUACCAGCCACUCCAUCGGGGACGACUUUGGGCUCGGGCUCAAGAGCGGCGUUGUCUUGUGCGACUUAGCGAAUGCGCUGGACCCGUCCUUGAAGCUCAAACCUACUUCGUCCACGAUGCCCUUCAAGCAAAUGGAGAACAUCUCGGCCUUCCUACGCGCAUGUCGGACGUUGGGCGUCGCGGAAUUCGACUUGUUUGAGACGGUGGACCUCUUCGAACUCAAGGACGUGGGCCUCGUCGUGCGCUGCCUCCACGCCGUCGGCCGGGCCGUGCAAAAGCGACCGGGGUACACCGGCCCCACCCUGGGUGUAAAAGAGUCCACGAAGAACAGGCGGACAUUCACCCACGCGCAAAUCGCCGAAGCGAGGCACGCCACGUCACUCCUCAACAUGGGGAGCAUCACGACCAUGCAGCGAACGAGUGUGGACACGAGUGGCAGCGUCACGUUUGGUGCUGACUCUUCCGCUCCAACCACCACCACCACGUCCACCACCCACGACAACUCGACCGUGCCGAGUCUGUUCCGUACGCCGAGCGCGUUGACGGACCCAUCGCCUUCUCUACCCCUCCCUGCCGCCAAGCCGUCAUCCAUCCCACCUCCGUCUCCCGCGGUGAAUGCAUCGGUUGCAAUGGCCACUUGUCCAGCGGCCGCACCUGUACAGGUUCGCGGAGGGGGCUACGGGUUGGACGCCGAGCUCGCGGCCGCCGCGUCGGCGAAAUACGAUUACGCGUUGGAGCGGUCGAUUCAAGAGUGGAUUGAGGCAGUGACCCACCAGUCAAAGGACGAAUCAAACUCGUUUGGCGAGUGGCUCAAGGACGGCCAAGUGCUGUGUCUGCACGUGAACACUCUGCAAACCUUCGCCAACGCCCCACCCGCGGUUCCACUCAUCAAGAUUGAGUCGUCGACGAUUGCCUUUAAACUGAUGCAAAACAUCAAACACUUCCUCGCGGCGGCGCGGGCGCUAGGGGUCGCGGACGUCGACUGCUUUGAAACCGUCGACUUGUUUGAACUGAAAGACCUAGGCGCGGUCCUGCGCUGCUUGCAAGCGUUGAGUCGCGUGCUGACCAAGAAAUUCCCGGGGUAUACGGGCCCCCUCCUUCCGGACCACGCCACGAGGCGCCCGUCUGCCACCACCCCGCCCAAACCCGCCGUCCAAGACGUUCGUGAACCCAGGGAACAAGGGGGGGUGGUUGUGCCGCCACUUGACAUCCAGGCCAACCCCACUCGCCCCUCUUGGCCGAAACCGGCUGCCCCCGCUAAAGUACAAGCUGACGUGCCCCACUCGACGCGCCAGCAAUGGCCUCCCGCCAAAGUACCCGACCAACCCGCCGCCGCGCCACGAGCUGACGAAAGCGCCCCAGCGGCUGCUGCUGCCCCCGCUGGGCCGAUAGCCGCCUUCCGGGCCAAGGGGCUCCCCACGCGAACGAAUUGGACGUAAUGAUGCCAUCAGUUAACUCGUCGAUUUAUUUAGUCUCAGUAUGUUCAGAAAGCACAUUGCUUUGUGUACUGUACAUGUACAGCGCAGGUAGAAAAUCAAUAAACAGUACAGUAGUUGUAUCGGACUUUGCA